GUUAUAAAUAAGUAUUGAAAUAACUUAUUAAAUACGUAUAUCAAAUAUCUAUAUAGUUUAUUUUGUGUUAAAUAUCCAUGGUAAUUGUUUUCUUUUUCAUAAUUAAAAUUAAUUUAAUUGACAUUGGUGCUAGAUUUGAUUUUGCAUAUAUUCAUAUAACAAGAAUUUUAAAUGGAAGUGAAUUACGUUUAUCAGAAAAAGAGAACUGAGUUUGGACGCCAGUGUCUUUUCAGCGACAAAGGUCCAGACCUUAUCGAUAAUUAUCCCGCUCACAAGGAAUGGAUGAAAAGUUUUAUUUUAAGAGACCCCGUUCGUAAGGCUUCCCAAAAUGCCCCAGUCCAAGCGGAACAUGAAAUAAACACAUUACGAGCCGAGAAAGCCAAUUCAGGAAUGAACCACUUUGAAGGUGGAUGGCCAAAAGAUGUGAAUAUACUAGACGAAGAUUCCACUAAAAGAUAUCGACGAAAAAUUGAAAAAGAUGACGCGUACAAUCCCACUAUUUUUCAACUUGCUCAGUGUAUGGAAGACUGUAUUCUUCAGAACAAUGCUAUAAACAUCUAUCAACAGUAUUUCGACGACGUGGAACCUGCUGCAUUUGUAGAACCAAGUUCUGCUCGUAUAGUGAACGUAUUUCAAGACCAAUGCUUCGCAAAACGUCCUAUUACACAUGUAUCGUGGGCACCUGAGAAUGGUACUAGACUUGUAAUGUCCCAUUGCAGCCUGGCGUACCAGUCAAAAGGGGACGACACCUCCUCCUAUAUUUGGGAAAUGGAAAAUCCAAACACUCCUUUCCUUGUUUUAAAACCUGAGUAUCCUAGCGUUUGUCUGGAGUACAGUCCGAAAGACGGUAACCUAUUGAUUAGCGGUCAAAUGGAUGGUCGUGUGGCCAUUUGGGACAUACGCAAAGGGUCAGAACCUGUUGACCACAGUCAAAUUGAAGUCAGCCACCGUUAUCCUGUUUUUAAGGCUCUCUGGAUAGCUUCAAAAACUGGAUGCGAAUUCUUUAGCGCUUCACCGGACGGUAAACUAGUAUGGUGGGACAUGAGAAAAUUAGGUGAUCCAUUAGAAGUUCUUAUGGUGGAUUUAGUGGACGAUCGUUUUCAGUCAUUGACGAACGCUUUAGGUGUUACUGCCUUACAAUACGAAUCCACGGUUCCAACAAAGUUUAUGGUAGGUUGCGAAAAUGGCGAAAUCUAUUCGGGAAAUCGCAAAGGAAAGACUGCUUUGGAAAAGCUAAACAUCAAGUUUGACGGUCAGUUGGGACCGGUGCUUGCCUUGGAAAGAAAUGCCGCAUACAUGAAAAAUUUCCUUUCCAUAGGCGAUUGGACUGCGAAAAUUUUUGCUGAAGAUUGCCGAGAAAGUCCUUUAAUGUGGACGACUUAUCAUAAGACGCCUCUUACGGAUGGAGCUUGGAGUCCGAGUAGAUUUUCGGUGUAUUUUACAACUAGAGCUGACGGUAUAUUGGACAUUUGGGACAUUCUCCAGCAACAAAAACAGGCCCUUUGUGGCAUAAAAGUGUGCGACGUACCCCUGAAAUGUCUACGAUGUCACGAAAUGGGGAAACUAGUGGCAGUCUCCAACACAAUUGGAACCACUUAUUUAAUAGAACUCAGCGAAAAUUUGACCAUGUCUUCUAAGAGCGAAAAAAUUUUACUUAACGCGAUGCUUGAAAGGGAGAAUAAGAGGGAGAAAAUUCUCGAAGCGAGAAAUAGGGAAAUUCGUCUAAAAUUGCAGCAGCAGCAACAAUUGGCUGAACAAUUGGCUGAAGAAGGUGUAGAAUCUCAAGAACCUGUUGAAGAAAAUUUUGAGACAACUUGGUUGAUACCAGAAGUAAAGCAGACUGAAGAAGAUUUCCUGAAAGAUGUCGCCGAUGAGAUAAAAAAGAGGAGUCCACAACAACCUGAAGAAGAUACUGCUUCAAAGGCGGAAGAAGCUGAUGAUUUCUAGGAAUGAAAAUAACUGACAG